AUGGCAGAUCUCAUCAUGAUUUAUCACGGUGGAGCCUGGGGCUGCAAUAUGUCACCGCCGGAAUUUCAUCGCCGUUCCAGUCAAUCUGGAAGUUGCUGGGGUGACUGCCAGGUUUGUCUCUUCAGUGUAGCCCCCACUGAGUUCUUCGAAGCUGUCGAUCGUGCGGUUGGAUUACUUGAAGCUAAAGUUGAGUUUGAAUCCCAACCAGGACAAUUCGCAGAUCUGUUACGCAAUCUCCGCGGCGCCUAUCUUUGCGAGGCCUCAGACUCUAGAGAUCUAGUGUAUGCCCUUUUCGGAUUCAGUGCUCACAGUUAUGGUGUCUAUCCCGAGUAUGGACCAGGUAUUACCAUCCAAGGCGUUUUCCGACAAUUAGCAUGUAAAGUCAUAUCUUACAACCGCAACUUGGAUAUACUCGAAACAGCCUACCGGACUCGCCGCCCAUCUCGCAGGCUCAAAAGGCUUCCGGUAGAUCAUGAACUACCUUCUUGGGUACCAGAUUGGCGUAAUAAGCAGGGGUUCUCUAUUUUGAGACGUUUCGAGAAGCAGAGGCCCUCGUUUGAGACAAAGAUGAUCUUCUCAUUCCAAACCGACGCGACUGCUCGAAGACAUCGCAUCCUUCAAGUACGUGGGAUUUUCCACGAAUUCCUAGGACGUGAAACUUUUGGAAGGCGGCCCCAGCGUUUUAUCUCGGAUGGACUUGGGGAGAUACGAACGAUGGGAUCGGCUAAAGAGGGUGAUGAGGUGUGGAUGCUUCACGGUGCUGAUAUUCUUUUCAUUUUCCGUCGGCCGAGCGGGGGCAAGUACCUUGAGCUUGUCGGUGAGGUCGUGGACCUCUAUGUCAAAGUUCCUCCCAAACCUCGUCUGCCUACUGAAGAACUUGACAAGUUAGUAGAAAAUAACGACCCCUCCGUUGUUCUCGUUAACAUAUGUUGA